AUGCGAAUUCCGCGCUCGUCGUUGCACAGCCGAGUCUUUGAUCUCAUCCGCUACCUGAACACGUACGGCCCAGCUGAGAAGAAGAUCGAACUGAUGCCCUAUAUUCUCGAUCACGAGAAUAACUUGUCCUUCUUCCAAGGCAAAAAGGGGAAGCUACAGGAUACUCGUUGGGCCGCGAAGGCAGGUCUUCCGCCGCAGUUCCACGGCAGAUCGGCACAGGAGCUGCUGGGUAGCGUUGUGUUGCCGUGGCUCAACAAACUGCGGACCAACUUUGACGCCGGGUUCGAGGAGCUCCUAGAGUACGAUGAGUACUCCUUUCGAGCGUAUUUGCGCGUGGUUGCUCGCUGGCCCCAUGAGGUGAUUGAGUUUGUCGAGUUGCUUUGCUCACAGACGAACCAAUACGACCUGUCUUUUACCGAAAUCGUGAUGCAGAAUUUGGACUUUGACACUCAAGAGUGGGCAACUGUCAAGGACGGCAUGUCGCGCAUCACGGAAUGUGCCGCAGCCCUGAUUGGUUCCGAUAACAUCCGCCUCAACUCCCGAGUUGGGCGCAUCUCAUACGCUCCCGAUGGCCACGUGGAGCUCGGCACGGGGAACCAGUCGGAUCAGAUGGCAACGUCAACGUUUGAUGCCGUGGUCAUGGCGGUUCCCCCAUCGGCGCUCCACAGCAUCACCGACCGACCGAGAUGGUCCUUCAUGAAGGAGCAGUCUAUCCGUGGCACACACUUCGAGCCACUCUACAAAAUCGGCUUGCACUUCCGCACCAGGUUUUGGGAAAGGUCUACAACACCCGCACUGGGAGGCCAGAGCACCACCGACCUCCGCUUCCGUUGGAUUGUCUAUCCGUCGAAUGACCUUGGCGGAGAUGGGUCUGGCGUCUUGCUUCUUUACAGCUGGAUGACGGACGCCAUGAAAUGGGCUGGCCUUCCGCCGGCAGAGCGGAUCAAGAUCUGCUUGCAUGACCUGAGCAAGUUCUACGCGGAUGAGCCAGACGUUAAUGUACAUGACCAAUACAUUGAGGCCCAUGACAUCUUGUGGAUGAACGAACUUUGUGGCGGUGACGCCAUGUUCCUGCCUGGGCAGUUUUCGCGCUACCACCAAGUCGCCAAGCAACCAGAGGGAAACAUUUACUUUGCGGGCGAGCACUUGUCAAGGCACCACACAUGGAUCGCUGGCGCAGUCGACUCCGCGCUGAGCACAACCGCCGAAAUUUUGGCCCAUCAUCAACCUGGCAAAUGGGCUCAAAACCGGCACGCCCUUGUCCCGCUCGGUAGAGAGUACGUGGUUUUGGAACCGAAAGAGAAGGCGCCCGGGGAAGAAAAGGCGGCUGCCAAGAUGGAUAUUAGCAGUCGCCCACUGAAGGCGUUCAUCAUCCCGAGGCAUAUGAACAUACACCGCAAGCCUUUGUAUCAAUUGGGACAAGCAAAAGAUGAUUAG